CCCCAGAAUUCCCACCACCUUCAUCACUCACUGGGUCUAUAAAUACCCCAAACACUCACUACCAAUUUGCUCGCCUUCUCCCAUUCUCUCUCUAUCUCUGCUUGUUGGUUGGAACCGAUUAAUUCCAAGGACUCUCCCAUGGCUUCCGGUUCCUCCUCAAGUGAAAUGGCAUCUCACAUUGUUGGAUAUCCCCGUAUGGGACCAAAGAGAGAGCUCAAGUUUGCUCUUGAAUCUUUCUGGGAUGGUAAAAGCAGUGCUGAUGAUUUGAAAAAGGUGUCUGCUGAUCUUAGAUCAUCCAUCUGGAAGCAGAUGUCUGAUGCUGGUAUCAAGUACAUUCCCAGCAACACCUUUGCUUACUACGAUCAGGUUCUUGACACCACCGCUAUGCUUGGUGCUGUUCCCCCAAGAUACGGGUGGACUGGUGGUGAGAUUGAGUUCGAUGUCUACUUUUCAAUGGCCAGAGGAAAUGCCACUGUGCCUGCUAUGGAAAUGACCAAGUGGUUUGACACCAACUACCAUUACAUUGUUCCUGAGUUGGGCCCAGAUGUAAAGUUCUCGUACGCUUCUCACAAGGCUGUGAACGAAUACAAGGAGGCCAAGGCUCUCGGAGUGGACACUGUUCCAGUUCUGGUAGGACCAGUCUCCUACCUUUUGUUGUCCAAGCCUGCGAAGGGUGUUGAGAAAUCAUUCAACUUACUAUCUCUUCUUCCCAAAAUCCUUGCAAUCUACAAGGAAGUUGUCACUGAACUUAAGGCAGCUGGUGCUUCAUGUAUUCAAUUUGAUGAGCCUCUGCUCGUGAUGGAUCUCGAUUCUCACAAACUGCAGGCCUUUACCGAUGCUUACGCUGAACUAGAAUCUACUUUGUCUUUGAAUGUUAUUGUUGAGACUUACUUUGCUGAUGUUACCCCUGAGGCAUACAAGACCCUUAUCUCUUUGAAGGGUGUCACUGGAUUUGGGUUUGAUUUGAUUCGUGGAACACAGUCUCUAGAAUUGAUUAAGGGUGGAUUUCCCUCAGACAAAUACCUAUUUGCUGGGGUGGUUGAUGGAAGGAACAUUUGGGCCAACGAUCUUGCUGCUUCCCUUGCUUUGCUACAGAGUCUUCAGGGCCUUGUUGGAAAGGACAAGCUAGUGGUCUCCACUUCUUGCUCACUUCUUCACACUGCUGUCGAUCUUGUUAACGAGACUAAGCUUGAUGAUGAAAUCAAGUCAUGGCUUGCAUUUGCUGCCCAGAAGGUUGUAGAAGUUAAUGCUUUGGCCAAGGCUUUGUCUGGUCAAAAGGAUGAGGCUUUCUUCUCUGCCAAUGCUGCUGCUCAGGCCUCAAGGAAGUCCUCUCCAAGGGUUAACAAUGAAGCUGUCCAAAAGGCUGCUGCUGGAUUGAAGGGUUCUGACCAUCGCCGUGCAACAAAUGUUAGUGCUAGACUUGAUGCUCAGCAGAAGAAGCUUAACCUUCCUAUUCUUCCCACCACAACCAUUGGCUCCUUCCCACAAACUGUGGAGCUUAGGAGGGUGCGUCGUGAAUACAAGGCCAAGAAGAUUUCCGAGGAAGAGUAUGUCAAGGCCAUCAAGGAGGAGAUCAACAAGGUUGUAAAGCUCCAAGAAGAACUUGACAUUGAUGUUCUCGUUCACGGAGAGCCUGAGAGGAACGAUAUGGUUGAGUACUUCGGAGAGCAGUUGUCUGGUUUUGCCUUCACAGUAAAUGGGUGGGUGCAAUCUUACGGAUCUCGCUGUGUGAAGCCACCAAUUAUCUAUGGUGAUGUCAGCCGCCCCAACCCAAUGACUGUGUUCUGGUCAUCCGCUGCUCAAAGCAUGACUUCCCGCCCAAUGAAGGGUAUGCUUACAGGACCUGUUACCAUCCUCAACUGGUCCUUUGUCCGAAAUGACCAACCCAGGCAUGAGACUUGCUACCAGAUUGCUCUUGCCAUCAAGGAUGAGGUGGAGGAUCUUGAGAAGGCUGGAAUCAAUGUUAUCCAGAUUGAUGAGGCUGCACUUAGAGAAGGAUUGCCACUCAGGAAGUCUGAGCACGGGUUCUACUUGAAGUGGGCUGUCCACUCCUUCAGGAUCACCAAUGUUGGUGUGCAAGAUACUUGCCAGAUCCACACCCACAUGUGCUACUCUAACUUCAAUGACAUCAUUCACUCUAUCAUUGACAUGGAUGCUGAUGUCAUCACCAUUGAGAACUCUCGUUCUGACGAGAAGCUUCUCUCAGUUUUCCGUGAGGGAGUUAAGUACGGUGCUGGUAUUGGCCCUGGUGUCUACGACAUUCACUCCCCAAGGAUCCCACCCACUGAGGAAAUUGCUGAUCGCAUCAGGAAAAUGCUUGCAGUUUUGGAGUCCAACGUUUUGUGGGUGAACCCUGAUUGUGGUCUCAAGACCCGUAAGUAUGGUGAGGUUCAGCCAGCCUUGUUGAACAUGGUUGCUGCUGCCAAGCAGCUCCGCCAAGAGCUUGCCAGUGCCAAGUGAAGGGUUGUAUGAUGGUGGAGAGAACAUGCACAAGCUUAGUUUGUUGGGUUCAUACAUGAUAUUGAUAUUGGCUUUCGGUUUUGCAAUAAUCGACUUAGAAAGUAGCUGUGAGUUUUAGUAUGUGGCUCCUUUGAGGAAGCCUUGUUUAGUUUUGUUCCUGGUUUUGGAUUUUUUAGUUUUCGAUUUUUUCUUUCUCUCAACCUUAUGAGUUCCGUCUCUCAUUGGUUGUCAAUGAGAUUUGAGGACUCGUUGUGUACCUUUACGUCUGAAAAUUUCAAGGAAUGCAUCAAUAUGCCUUUAUUGGA